GAAGGCGAACGCUCCCGCUGACGCGGCCGGGCCGGGCCGGGCCAGGCCGGGUUGAGCGGCGGUGACCAUGGAGGCGGACGGGGACGAGCUGUCCGCGCGGCCGGCCCUGGAGACCGAGGGGCUGCGCUUCCUCCACGUCACGGUGGGCUCCCUGCUGGCCACCUAUGGCUGGUACAUCGUCUUCAGCUGCAUCCUUCUCUACGUCGUGUUUCAGAAGCUCUCCGCCCGGCUCAGGGCCCUGAGGCAGAGGCAGCUGGACCGCGCCGCGGCCGCUGUGGAACCUGAUGUCAUCGUUAAACGACAGGAGGCUUUGGCCGCUGCUCGGCUGAAAAUGCAGGAGGAGUUAAAUGCACAAGUGGAAAAGCACAAGGAGAAGCUGAGACAGCUCGAAGAGGAAAAAAGGAGACAGAAGAUUGAAAUGUGGGACAGCAUGCAAGAGGGAAAAAGUUACAAAGGAAAUGCAAGAAAGCCUCAGGAAGAAGACAGCCCUGGGCCUUCUGCUUCAUCCGUCAUCCCGAAACGGAAAUCGGACCGAAAGCCCUUGCGGGGAGGGGGUUACAACCCUUUGUCCGGUGAAGGAGGGGGAGCCUGCUCCUGGAGACCUGGACGCAGAGGCCCGUCAGCUGGUGGAUGAGGCUAAGAGUCCUGUUAGUGUCGCUUUUGACAUUAGCAAGAUGAACCCUUCACCCCUGACUCAAUUGCCUUAUGCACGCUUUUCACAGUGACUAGCCAGUGGACAGGGCUUUCUCUCUGGCCUUGGAUGUACCUGCAUCUUUCAGGGUCAAAGUCCUUGUGGGGUGUGGAUGUGGCCCUGGGCAGUGGCUGCAGUUGGUCACUCUCACUGAAGCCAGUUUGUUGAUUUCCCGGGUUGUUGCUGGUGGGUCAGUAAAGGCCUGCAAGUGACUGGGGAUCUUGACAAACAGACCUGGCCACAAUCCUUCCUUCCCGUCCGAGGUCCGUGCCGGCAGGACAGUCUCUGUGACAGGUUGUGUCGAAUGAUGUCUUCCUUGUAAAUGGUGAGCCCACCAGCGAGGAUUACUGAUGCAGACAGUUGAUGGGUUGUUUCUGUACAUUUUUCUUCAUGUACAGAACCUUGUAAAAAACUGUAGAUAUUAAAAAACAAAUUGCAAAGAACA